AGAAAUCGUAGACGCCUUUGGACGCCUCCAUUCGCCUCCUGAGUCGCUACGAUGGCAGGUGUUGGUGGUUGCGCAGGGGUCUGCUAUGAAGUCGAUGAAGAAGCUGUCAAAGUCGAAGAGCGUUUGGCCUUCGUUGGAGCAGGAAAUGGCAGCUAUCAGCAGGUUUCCAACAUGGAAAUGGUUGGUAAAGGGCGCGGUGAUUUUGAGAAGGAGCAAGUUGUUGUCGCCACAGGCUACAAGUUGAACACCGCGGUUUGCGGUGGCUGCGCGUUCCUUUUCGUUUUGGGCAUUUUCCUGCUUUUGGGCUUUGGCAACAGUUGGUGGCAGCCGGCCUAUGACAUGCCCGUUGGCAUGUCACCGAUGACAGAGUGCUCUUUGCUCACAGCCCGAGCAACCUUGGCUGAGAAGAACUUGUGCUGCGACCAGGGCUUCAAGGAGUUCUGCCAUAAAGAAGUGAUCCGUGAGGUCGACCAGUACAUGUACAACGUGAAGAAUGUGAAAGUGGAUCGCAUGGUGCCCGUGCCAAUCGCUCCUCCUCCACGUCAAGUGAUCACGCAUAAAGUCUUGGUGCAUACUGAUGCCUUUGACUGUGACGAAGGUCUCUACAACAUGCAGCACACCUGGUCGGCUGAGCAUUCUCGAUAUUGCUGCUACAAACGUGAAAUUGGCUGCAAGACCAAGGUGCUGUAUCGGCCGCACUACCACACCAUCACGAGGACACGGGCUGUCCCAGUGCACGUGCCAGUGCCAAUCCCGGCCCCUCCUGCGCAAGUGAUCACCCAUGUGGAGAACGUGCCAAUCCACGAUCCACCAGCUGUCAUCAAGGUGCCAGAGCGCGGACCAACCCAUGUGGUGCACCGCUACGUCCACGAGAAACAUUAUGUCCCAGCGCCUGUUGCCAGUCCACCUGAAUAUCACCAUGUGCCAGUCCCUGUUCCAGUGCUGGACCCUGGCCAGGUGAUCAAAGUGCCAUCGCCCUUGCCAGCACAGACCAUUGUCAAAAACAAGGUGCUCUACAAGACCCGACACAUUGCCGUGAAACACGUCUAUGACUGCUCCGCUGGCUUCAGCAACUGGAUGAGCGGCUGGUCUUCCGACAAGAAGAGCUGGUGCUGUGCACACGAAACCCGCGGUUGCCCAGGUGACCAGUCUGGGCAUCUGACCAAGACGGUGGUCACUGGCGUCACGGAGCAUGAGGGCCCCACCUAUUACCAUCAUGCGCACGUCUAUGAUGGCAGCUAUGAGGAUGGCACGGUGAUUCACCACGGAGGUUCUUGGGCAGCUGAUGCAGUGGAUGGUGGAGUCAUCUCUGGGGACGCUGGAGUGAUCUCCGGAAGCUCCGGAAGCUUCAGCCAUGUGUCUUCAUCUUGGCUGCACGACCGAGACUUGAAGGAUGGAAAGGAGAAGAAGAAGGAUUCAAGGCGAUUGCAGAUGGUCGGCGGCGAUGUGACUUACGGAGGAAGCUACGAUGGCGGGGAAGCACACAUGGUCGGCGGCGAUGUGACUUACGGCGGAAGCUAUGAUGGCGGGGAAGCACACAUGGUCGGCGGCGAUGUGACUUACGGCGGAAGCUAUGAUGGCGGGGAAGCACACAUGGUCGGUGGUGAUGUGACGUAUGGCGGAAGCUAUGAUGGCGGGGAAGCACACAUGGUCGGUCGUGAUGUGACGUAUGGCGGAAGCUAUGGUGAUCAGGACCAUGUCGCGCACCACGUGAUCCACCGAAUUGUGCCGGUGCCAUCAGCGCACCCAAAAGAGGACGUUCACACCAUUGUGCGCCGUCACUACGGAACGGUCUACAGGAAGAUUCCUGUGAAUCACUAUGUGAAAGUGCAGAUGCCUCAAAAGCCACCCAUCAUCCACACUGUGCACAUCCAGGAACCUGCGAAGCACUACGAUUGUGGCAUGUCCGGGACUCCACAAACAUUCUGGACGGAGAAGCACAAGCGAUGGUGCUGCUACAAGUUCCGCGGUGAUUACUGCCCCAAAACCGUCAUCGACAAGAACAUCUAUCACACAGUGGUGAAAACUCAGCCAGUCCGCGUGCCCGUGCCAGAGCCAAUGCCUACCCAUUCUCCUAUUGUGAAGACCAUCCACCACACCUACCACGUGCCAAGCCCGCCACAAUAUGUGCAUGUGCACGUGCCUGGGCCCACCGUGGUGAAGCAUGUCGCCGUGCCUGAGACUGUGCCAGUUCCGGUGCCAGAGCCACCAAAGGUGAUCGACGUCAAAGAGCCCUAUGCUGUCCACGUCCGUGGUCCAGAUCACUACGUCCAUGUGCCUGUCCCCUCUCCACCGCAUGUCGUGACAAAGUACCACACCCAGUGGAACACUGUGGUGGACCAUGCCAGCGACACCUACGACUGCGCCAGCGACGCCGCGACAUGGCACUCCGUGUGGUCUCAUGCCAAGCAAAUCUGGUGCUGCAGCCACCGCCAGAUUGGUUGCCCUGGCAGCUGGUCGGGAGCGACCCACGUGACCAGCUACCACAGCUACCACGGCCACACUGGCAACUGGCUCACCGACCAUUUGGUUUAAAGUCGACAAGUCUGCGACGUUUGACGUAUAGCUGACAGCUGACAUCCGUAAGGCAGCAGUAUUUGUACUGCGUGUCUGGUAGCUAGCCACUGGAUUGGAGCCAAAUGAUCUGAUUUGGUUCUUUCACUACUACGCUAGAUUGAUUAGAUUUCACUUGCUUAUUCAGGCCUUCCACACAGAACAGUGGAGUCAG